CUUCAUUUCCAUUUUGAUCCAUUUCUUUAUCCUUCUGUGAUCCUGUCUGGUAGCAAUGGAGGAAGUACAACUAACCUAUACUGGGGUUGAUGACGAGGAAAUGGAAUCAAAAAUGGAACAAAAACAGCCGCAGAAUUCUAGCAAUAGGCAACCUGUUUCUUUUUUUGGUUUGUUUGGAGCUGCAGAUAAGGUUGAUUGCGUCUUGAUGUUGUUUGGAAGUUUAGGGUCUUUCAUUCAUGGAGCCACACUUCCUGUUUUCUUUGUAUUGUUUGGCCACAUGAUUGACUCUUUGGGACAUCUAUCCUCCAAUUCUCACACAUUGUCAUCUCGUGUAUCCGAGUAUGCUUUGUACUUGGUGUAUCUUGGUCUCAUUGUAUUUGUAUCAGCAUGGAUAGGUGUUGCAUUUUGGACGCAAACUGGGGAAAGGCAGACAGCUCGUUUGCGUCUGAAGUACCUUCAGUCAAUUUUGAAAAGGGAUAUUGGCUUUUUUGAGACAGAAGCCAGAGACACUAACAUAAUUUAUCAUAUUUCAAGUGAUGCAAUCCUUGUUCAAGAUGCAAUAGGUGACAAGACAGGACACGCUUUGCGCUACCUUUCUCAGUUUAUUGUUGGUUUUGCCAUUGGAUUUACAUCGGUUUGGCAGCUUACACUAGUCACCUUGGCUGUGGUUCCACUGAUGGCUGUUGCAGGUGGUGCUUAUACCAUAAUUAUGUCUACUUUAUCAGAAAAGGGUGAGGCUGCCUAUGCUGAUGCUGGGAAGGUUGCAGAAGAAGUUAUUUCACAGAUUCGCACAGUAUACGCAUUCGUCGGAGAGGAAAGAGCAGUAAAAGCAUACUCUAAUUCACUAAAAAAUGCCCAUAAAUUGGGAAAGAGGAGUGGAUUGGCUAAGGGUGUUGGUGUUGGUUUUACUUAUGGGCUGUUGUUCUGUGCCUGGGCCUUGCUUCUUUGGUAUGCCAGCAUACUUGUGAGACAUGGGGACACAAAUGGAGGAAAAGCAUUCACCACAAUCUUCAAUGUCAUCUUUAGUGGAUUUGCACUUGGUCAAGCUGCUCCAAACCUUGCUGCCAUAUCCAAAGGCAGAGCUGCUGCGGCCAAUAUCUUCAGUGUGAUAGAAACUGAUUCAGAGCCUUCAAAACUUUCAGAUGGCAGAAUUGUUUUGCCACAAGUAUUUGGUGAGAUUGAAUUUUGUGAAGUCUGUUUCACUUACCCCUUGCGGCCCACUAUGGUAUUUGCAAACUUGAGCUUUUCAAUAAGUGCUGGGAAGAGCAUUGCAGUUGUUGGUCCAAGUGGUUCAGGAAAGAGUACAAUCAUAUCAAUGGUUCAACGUUUCUAUGAUCCCACUUCAGGCAGGAUACUACUGGAUGGACAUGAUCUCAAGGAUCUCCAGUUAAAAUGGUUGAGAGAACAGAUGGGGUUAGUUAGUCAGGAACCGGCAUUGUUUGCCACAACAAUAGCUGCCAAUAUUCUGUUUGGUAAAGAGGGUGCAGACAUGGAUCAGGUUAUACAAGCUGCCAAAGCUGCUAAUGCACAUUCUUUUAUUGAAGGAUUACCUCAUGGUUAUUCGACACAGGUUGGAGAGGGAGGAACUCAGCUUUCUGGAGGGCAAAAACAAAGAAUUGCUAUUGCGAGAGCAGUGCUGAGAAACCCAACUAUACUGCUUCUAGAUGAGGCCACCAGUGCACUUGAUGCAGAAUCUGAGCUUAUAGUUCAACAAGCACUGGAGAAAAUUGCAUCCAACCGAACGACAAUCAUAGUUGCACAUAGGUUAUCAACGAUUCGAGAUGUUGAUACCAUCAUUGUUCUGAAGAAUGGCCAGGUUGUUGAAAGCGGGAGCCAUAUGGAUUUGAUCUCCAAGGAAGGAGACUAUGCAGCUCUAGUGAACUUGCAAGUUUCCGAAAAGAUUUCAAAUUCAAGCUCAAUAUUCAAUUCUGAAAAUUCAGGAAGUAGCAGCUUCAGGCUACUCAACAGUGGGAAUCCUCGGUCAAUUUCAUCAAGAGGAUUCCAGACAAGUGGUCAAAGCUCAAGUGCUGCAAAUUCUGCUCCCACUCCCUCAAUAUGGAAGCUGCUAAAACUCAAUGCCCCAGAGUGGCCUUAUGCAGUACUUGGAUCAAUUGGUGCAAUUCUGGCUGGCAUGGAAGCUCCCCUCUUUGCCCUUGGAAUUACACACGUCUUGACUGCAUUUUAUUCUCCUCAUGAAUCCCAAAUAAAACAAGAGGUUGACAGGGUAGCUCUUAUAUUUGUAGGAGUGGCUGUUCUUACUAUUCUAAUAUAUCUUUUGCAACACUAUUUUUACACAUUAAUGGGGGAGAGCCUGACAACUCGUGUUCGCUUAUCAAUGUUCUCAGCUAUCCUUUCCAAUGAAGUUGGCUGGUUUGAUUUUGAUGAGAAUAGCACAGGUUCACUCGCAGCAGCUUUAGCUGCAGAUGCAACCUUAGUAAGAAGUGCCCUUGCUGAUAGGCUAUCAACAAUUGUCCAGAAUGUGGCACUUACCGUGACAGCAUUUGUAAUUGCAUUCACGCUAAAUUGGCGUAUAUCAUCAGUUGUCAUUGCUUCCUUCCCCUUACUCAUAGGAGCUGCCAUAACUGAGCAAUUAUUCCUUAAGGGAUUAGGCGGAGAUUACAGCAGGACAUACUCUAGAGCAACUUCUCUGGCACGAGAAGCAAUUGUCAAUAUUCGUACUGUUGCUGCGUUUGGUAUUGAAGACAAGGUCUCAUUCCAGUUUGCCUGUGAACUAAACCAACCAAAUAAGCAAGCAUUGUUAAGAGGCCAUAUUGCAGGUUUUGGGUAUGGGGUCACUCAAUUCUUUGCAUUCUGCUCCUAUGCACUUGGCCUUUGGUAUGCAUCAGUCCUCAUCAGGCAUAAAGGUUCCAAUUUUGGAGACAUCAUCAAGUCCUUCAUGGUUUUGAUAAUCACAGCUUUUUCAGUAGCAGAAACGCUUGCUCUUACACCAGACAUCGUGAAGGGAUCACAAGCACUUGGAUCUGUUUUCAGUAUUCUACACAGGAAAACCGAAAUAGAGCCUAACAAUCCCUCAUCAAAGGUAGUAACUAAUAUCAAAGGAGACAUACUAUUCAGAAAUGUGAGUUUCAAGUACCCCAUGAGACCUGAUAUCACCAUAUUUGAGAACUUAAACCUGAAGGUCUCAUCUGGAAAAAGUCUAGCAGUAGUUGGACAAAGCGGGUCAGGGAAAAGUACUGUUAUUGCAUUACUAAUGCGAUUCUAUGACCCCAUUUCCGGGACAGUUCUAAUUGAUGGGGAUGACAUCAAAUCCUUAAACCUAAGAUCAUUGAGGAGGAAAAUGGGUCUAGUUCAACAGGAACCAGCAUUGUUCUCAACUACAAUCUACGAAAACAUCAAGUACGGGAAUGAGGAUGCAUCAGAGAUCGAGGUACUGAGAGCAGCAAAAGCAGCAAAUGCUCAUGGAUUCAUAAGCAGAAUGCCUGAAGGGUAUCAUACUCAUGUGGGUGAAAGGGGAGUGCAAUUAUCAGGGGGACAAAAGCAGAGGGUGGCCAUAGCUAGAGCAAUACUGAAAGACCCUUCUAUUCUUCUCCUUGAUGAAGCUACAAGCGCCCUGGAUACAGCAUCGGAGAAACUUGUUCAGGAGGCUCUAGAUAACCUCAUGGAAGGCCGAACAACAGUCAUUGUAGCACACAGGCUUUCAACCAUCCGCGAUGCAGAUCGUAUUGCUGUGUUGCAACAUGGAAGGGUGAUUGAAAUGGGCAACCAUGAGUACCUUUCUAGGAAACCUGGUAGUGUCUAUAAACAAUUAGUUAGUCUGCAGCAGUCAGGAAGCAAUGAAGAGUGAUUCUGCCUAGAAAUUAUCUUGCACAAAGUUAAGGAUCGAAAAUAAUAAGGAUAACACAUUACAGAGUGUUGCUUAAGAUACAUGGAUUGAUAAAACGCCAGCAUUAAUUUUGCUUGGUGAACCAUUAUCCAAUGCUAUAGAACAAUAUUACAUGAACAUUUUGUAAUCCAAUAUUUUAUAUAUUUAUGAGAAUGGUAAAAUACUAUAAACGUUUUUAUAAAUAUUCUUGCUUUAU